AUGGGACCCGGGGAACUGUGCUGGGCCCCCGAGAAGGGGUCCCUGCCGCUGGGAGCUCGGGCAGGCAGCGUCCAGCCUGCCUGCGUUAACUUGAGGACAAUGGGGGCCUGGGCACUGUGGAUGCUGCUUCUGCUGUGCAAAAUCAGUCUGGCGGUUCUGCCAGCUAAGCCUGAGAACAUUUCUUGCAUCUUCUACUAUAAGAAAAAUUUUACUUGCACCUGGAGUCCAGAGAAAGAAGCCAAUGAUACAUGGUACAUAGUUAAGAGAACUUACUGUUAUGGACGUAAAAGUGAUCAUUGUACUACUGGUAAUUCUACAAGUACAAAUCGUACCUCAUGCUCUUUCUAUCCUCCAACAAUAACAAUACCAGACAUUUACACCAUUCAAGUGGAAGCUCAAAAUGCAGAUGGUAUAAUUAAAUCUGAUACGACAAAAUGGAUAUUAGCUACCAUAGUAAAAACCGAACCACCUGAGAUUUACAGUGUGAAACCAGUUUUGGGCGUCAAACGAAUGGUUCAAAUAAAAUGGAAAAGGCCUGUGUUGGCACCUGCUUCAACUACUUUAAAGUACAUGCUUCGAUUCAGAACAGUAAAUAGUGCCCACUGGAUGGAAAUCAACUUCAAAGAAUAUUUCUUUGGACAUGCAACAUACAACCUCAUGGGGCUGCAGGCUUUUACGGAAUAUGUCGUAGCUCUGCAGUGUGUGGCUGAGAAGUCGAUGUUCUGGAGUGGCUGGAGCCAAGAAAAAAUGGGAACAACUGAAGAAGAAGCUCCACAUGGCCUGGAUCUGUGGAGAGUCCUGAGACCAGCCAUGGUGGAUGGAAGAAGGCCAGUGCAGUUGUUGUGGAAGAAGGCAAGAGAAGCCCCGGUCCUGGAGAAAACGCUUGGCUACAACAUAUGGUAUUUUCCAGAAAACAACACUAACCUCACAGAGACAAGGAACACCACUAACCAGCAGCUUGAUCUGUAUCUGGGAGGCAAGACCUAUUGGGUGUCUGUGAUUUCUUAUAAUUCUCUGGGGGAGUCUCCGGUGGCCACCUUGAGGAUUCCAGCUAUUGAUGAAAAGCCAUUUCAGUGCAUUGAGGCCAUGCAGGCCUGCCUGACUCAGGACCAGCUGGUGGUGGAGUGGCAAAGCUCUGCUCCAGAGGUGGACACAUGGAUGGUUGAGUGGUGUCCAGAUUUGGACUCAGAGCCCUCCGACUUUUCCUGGGAAUCUGUGUCUUGGGCCAGGAACUGGACAAUCCAGCAAGAUGAAUUAAAACCUUUCUGGUGCUAUAACAUCUCUGUGUAUCCAAUGUUGGGAGACCGAGUGGGCGAACCGUAUUCCAUCCAGGCUUAUGUCAAAGAAGGCGUUCCAUCAGCAGGUCCUGUGACCAAGGCAGAGAACAUUGGUGUGAAGACAGUUACAAUCACAUGGAAAGAGAUUCCCAAGAGUCAAAGAAAUGGUUUCAUCAGCAACUACACCAUAUUUUACCAAGCUGAAGAUGGAGAGGAAUUCUCCAAGACAGUCAACUCCAGCAUCCUGCAGUAUGGCCUGGAGUCCCUGACAAGAACGACCUCUUACACUGUUCAGGUCAUGGCCAGCACCAGUGCUGGGGGAACCAACAGCACCAGGAUUAACUUCAAGACAUUGUCAAUUAGUGUCCUUGAGAUUUUCCUUAUAACUUCUCUGGUUGGAGGAGGCCUUCUUAUUCUCAUCAUCCCGAUGGUGGCAUAUGGUCUCAAAAAACCCAACAAAUUGAAGCACCUAUGUUGGCCUGAUGUCCCCAACCCUGCCGAAAGCAGUAUAGCCACAUGGCAUGGAAAUGAUUUCAAGGCUAAGAUAAAUGUGAAGGAAUUUGAUGAGUCUGUGAACACGGACGAAGAGAGGAUUCUAAAACCAUGUUCUGCCCCCAGUGACCUUAUUGACAAGUUAGUGGUGAAUAUUGAGAAUUUUCUGGAAGAGGUUUCCACAGAGGAACCUGGAAAGGGUCAGGAAAACAUUUUGGGAGGGGAAAAGAAUGAGUAUGUGACCUCUCCCUAUAGACCUUAUUGCCCCUCUGGGAAAAAUUUCAAGGAACCCUCCAUUUCAACUGAGAUUCCAUCUGGAAAAUCCCAAUACCUGUGUUCUGGAAUGCCAGAAGGGAACUGCUCAGAAGCCAAAGAGCAACUUCUCUCUUCUGCUUCAAGUUUAGGGCCAGACCAUCUCUGUGAGGAAAGAGCACCAAAUCCAUAUUUGAAAAAUUCGGUAACAACCAGAGAAUUUCUCGUGUCUGAAAAACUUCCAGACCAAACCGAGAGAGAAGUCUAGAUGCCACCAUGGCUUGAAUCUCUCUGCAUCUCAGUGAGAGUGACUCUUACAGAGAGAGGAUAUCAAGACUUGGCCAGAAGAGCUUCCUUGGCUGCCUUCCCAUCCUGCUUGUAUUAGAGAAAGUCUGGCAUGCCCCUGGGUUGAGCUUGGUUGGCACAGAUAUAUAACUUGCCUGAGAAGAAGAAGGGAUGAUGAUAAGACUGAGUGCAUUGCAGAGGAAAACCAAUUUGUUUGCUUUUGUUCAGAUAGUAAGCUCUCACUGAGGCCUCUGAUAGAUUGACUUGGAGGGACAGUGGACCCCUGAGGUGGAUAUAUCUCGCCUUCCCUAGGAAUUGGGUCAUGGUCACAGCCUUUGCUGGAGCUACACCUCAGAGUUCCCUGAUGCCAGAGGACAUUUAUUUAGUUGGCACUUGGGUGAUCUGGUGGGAAGGGAGAGUCUCCUUUCACUUUGGCCUCUCCUAAGCUCUGGGCUCUCCCUCUGAGGUAGACCUGACAUCUUACUUUUGAGA